AUGGCGAAGGCGCCGAGUCGCUGCGGGACCCUUAUACUUGUAGACGGUGGAAGGGGAAUCGCAAGGCGAAGGAGUAAUGUGGUCGCUGUCCACGAAAGUCCGCGUCCAUUUGAUCGCACAUCCACUCAUGAAAGCGUAGCUUGCCGUGUAUUGGCUACUCCUCCCGUGAAACGAGGGGAGAGCGAACCCGAACGUCGUUCCCGAAGUGAACAGCGGAAGCGAUCCAGUCCGUCGAGGCCAACUCCCGAGGCAAAAAGUCGUCGUCGAUCUGUUAAGAAGAACAUUCCGCCGUCAUUGUCCUCCUCGAUCACAUCGGAUAUAGGUGGAGAUUGGUUUGGAAGCACAGCUCAACAAAAAGACGUGCCACAAAUGUCGCAAUCUUGGCACGAGGCUAGUGCUAACAAAACGCAGUUUGAGUCACAGCCUACGGAGCGCUCGCAAACAAGUCGCCGCGAGUCGCGCACAAUAUCUUUGCGCGAACGCGUUGGUCAGCUUGGACGUGAGAAUCGCUUUCUCAAGGAUCAACUCGCCAUUGCGAAUGCGGCGCUUGCUAGUGCUAGGAAGGUAAGACCAGACAAUGAUCGCUUAACUAAGCUAGAACAGGAAAAAGACGCUCUCAGGGAGAAAGUCGAACUUCUUCUCCAAAAAAUUGACCAGGAUUCCACAUCUGCUUGUGCUGCCGUGGAAGAAGCAAAUGCCCGGCUGGAACUAAGUAGAAAUGAGAACAUGAUGUAUGAGAAAAAGAUAAGAGACAUGGAGGAAGAGAGAAGAGAAAUGUAUCUGGUCAUGUUCAAGAAAGGCCAAGAAGCAGCAGCAAUGGAUCUCAAGGAAGUUGCCCACGUUGAUCAGAUGACACAGGAUCGUGUCGUCUUGCGAUUUUUGCAUGAUGCUUUCUAUUACUAUUUAAUGAAUAAGGGUGAUGCUAAAGAGCACCUUCAGGCAAUAAUGACAAUGCUCGACUUCAGUGUGGAGCAGAAAGAUGAGGUAGCUAAGAAGAAGGGUCGAUCUUUCUGA